AGCUUUUUCCUCUGAUUAAUGUUAAAAAAUUUGCUUAGUUCAUAGCUGUCUUUCUGAGCAAGUAUUGCUAACCUGUGGCCACAAUGAGUCUGAGAGUUACUGAUGAGUCGAAGGAUAUUGACAUCACUAAUGUUUCCUCAUCACAUCGCCAGUUGCAACAAUUGCCUUAUGUUCACAAGGUGGGAAAACCUCCUAAACAAAACCUGCUGAAGGAAGUUGCAGCAACCGUGAAGGAAACUUUCUUUGCAGAUGAUCCUCUCCGCCAUUUUAAGGAUCAACCAAGAUCAAGAAAGUUUGUGCUUGGACUUGAAACUGUUUUCCCUAUCUUUGAAUGGGGAAGGAAGUAUAACUUUUCAAAAUUCAAAGGUGACUUGAUAGCUGGACUUACCAUUGCAAGCCUUUGUAUUCCACAGGAUAUUGGAUACGCAAAGCUUGCUAAUUUGAAUCCUCAAUAUGGGUUGUAUGGUAGCUUUGUUCCGCCUCUCGUUUAUGCAUUCAUGGGAAGCUCAAGGGAUAUCGCAAUUGGACCCGUAGCGGUGGUGUCUCUUCUCCUUGGGACUCUGCUGCAAAGUGAGAUUGAUUCAUCUGAAAAUCCACUUGACUAUAGAUGCCUUGCAUUCACUGCUACCUUCUUUGCCGGAAUCACUCAGUUCAUACUGGGAUUUUUCAGAUUGGGGUUCUUGAUUGACUUCCUAUCUCAUGCUGCCAUAGUAGGGUUCAUGGCUGGUGCUGCCAUCACCAUUGCCCUUCAACAACUUAAAGGCCUGCUUGGCAUCCAGCACUUUACAAAGAAAAGUGACAUUAUCUCUGUUAUGCAAUCUGUUUGGACUACAGUACAUCAUGGAUGGAAUUGGCAAACUAUAAUUAUAGGAAUGUCAUUCUUGGCCUUACUCUUGCUUGCAAAGUACAUUGGGAAAAAGAAUCAGAAAUACUUCUGGGUGCCAGCAAUUGCUCCUUUUAUCUCAAUCAUCCUUGCCACGCUCAUAGUAUACGCCACACGUGCUGACAAGCAAGGAGUACAAAUUGUCAAACAUAUUAGAAAGGGAAUCAAUCCGUCAUCUGCUGACCAAAUAUUUUUCAGCGGAGAAUAUCUAGCCAAAGGUUUUAGGAUAGGUGUUGUAGCAGGAAUGGUAGCACUGACGGAAGCUGUUGUGAUUGGAAGAACUUUUGCUUCCAUGAAGGACUAUCAGUUGGAUGGAAACAAAGAGAUGGUAGCAUUGGGAACUAUGAAUGUUGUUGGUUCAUUGACAUCUUGCUAUGUUACCACAGGUUCCUUCUCCCGCUCAGCGGUAAACUGCAUGGCCGGAUGUCAUACGCCUGUUUCUAAUAUUGUGAUGUCCUUAGUAGUCCUACUGACAUUAGAGCUCAUCACCCCUCUAUUUAAUUACACCCCAAACGCUAUACUUGCUUCUAUUAUUAUAUCUGCUGUGCUAGGGUUAGUAGAUGUUGAAGCAGCAAUCUUAAUCUGGAAGACAGAUAAAUUUGAUUUUGUUGCUUGUAUGGGGGCCUUUUUCGGUGUGGUUUUCUCCUCUGUUGAGAUAGGCCUUCUGAUUGCGAUUUCAAUAUCCUUUGCCAAAAUCCUCCUGCAAGUAACAAGGCCACGCACUGCAGUUCUCGGAAAGAUUCCUAGGACUAAUGUAUACAGGAACAUUCUUCAAUAUCCAGAGGCCUCCAAAGUUCCUGGGAUCCUGAUUGUUCGAGUUGAUUCUGCAAUUUACUUUUCUAACUCCAAUUAUAUCAAAGAGAGGAUUUUAAGAUGGCUAACUGAUGAAGAAGAAAAACUGAAAGAAAACUCCCAACCAAGAAUCCAGUUUUUGAUCGUUGAAAUGUCACCUGUAACUGACAUUGACACCAGUGGCAUCCAUGCCUUUGAAGAGUUGUAUAGAAGUCUCCUAAAGAGAGAUAUUACACUUGUUUUAGCAAAUCCAGGACCAGUCGUGGUUGAUAAGAUCCAUGCAUCAGGAUUCGCUGAGUUGAUAGGCGAGGACAAGAUUUUUCUUACCGUAGCUGAUGCUGUGCUAACAUUUGCUCCAAAGAUGGAGGAACCAUGAAACCUGCUCUAGUGUAGUUGUUCAAUUCUUCCCUAUAUAUAUAGCCAAAUUAAUAUCAAAUAAAGUUUGAUUCGAAGCUGAUUUGGAGAAAUGCUUGACUAAGGCAAUAAGUUAUUCAGGAGAAA